AAAGGCGUGCGCCGCCACCGCCCGGCAGAUGUUUUUAUUUGCAGAUGACAACAACCCUGCACAUAAAAGACCACGAAGACUACACCAGGAUACUCUUGAGGAUGUGAUCUCAGGAAGCCACAGAACAUAGAAUCAGCAUACAGAAAUCAACGUCUGUUUUAUAGCACUGACUAGGAAAGAAAACAAUAACAUUCACAACAUUUACAUUAAAAUAAACACAAAACUAGCCAUCAGAAAUCCAGAUGUGUAACAGAACAUGGUGACCUCCUGUCUUUGCUUUCCCUAGGUCCCCAACCUCUUCCUAUUAUUGUCCUGUUUAAACAGAGUCACCAUGGCCGGAGCUGAGGAAGCGGUCAAUGGCGGUGCUGACAAGCAUCCUCCCUUUGCUGCUGGGACGUCUGUGCUGUGCUUCGGCCAGAACCAGUACACAGCAGAAGAGUACCAGGCUAUCCAGAGGGCUCUGAGGCAGAGGCUGGGCCCGGAGUACAUCAGCAGCCGCAUGGCUGGGGGAGGCCAGAAGGUGUGUUAUAUUGAAGGUCAUCGGGUAAUUAACCUGGCCAAUGAGAUGUUUGGUUACAAUGGCUGGGCGCACUCCAUCACCCAGCAGAAUGUGGAUUUUGUUGACCUCAACAAUGGCAAAUUCUACGUGGGAGUCUGUGCAUUUGUAAGGGUGCAGUUGAAGGAUGGUUCCUAUCACGAGGACGUGGGUUAUGGAGUUAGUGAGGGCCUCAGGUCAAAGGCCUUGUCGCUGGAGAAGGCCCGGAAGGAGGCUGUGACUGAUGGGCUGAAACGGGCACUCAGGAGUUUUGGUAAUGCGCUGGGAAACUGCAUUCUGGACAAAGACUACCUGAGGUCACUAAAUAAGCUUCCACGACAGCUCCCUCUUGAAGUGGAUUUAACUAAGGCAAAGAGAGAAGAUUUUGAACCAUCUGUGGAACAGGCCAGAUACAACAGCUGCCGGCAGAGGCAAGCACCGGGACCCCCGCAAGCACCGGGACCCCCGCAAGCACAAGAAGCAACUUCCCCUUGCAGGCCAAGCCGCCCGCGCGAUUCAGACGUUAGGCUGCAGGGGGCUGAGGACUGCAGCAGCUCCUGCAGUCCGGCCGCCGCCGUGGAGAGGGAUGCCGUUCACCAGCGGAAGCUGCGCAAGCUCCGGCAGAAGCAGCUGCAGCAGCAGUUCCGGCAGCGGAUGGGGGUGCUCCUGCAGGGCCACACACCUGCCGCCGCCGCCGCCGCCGCAGGGGUGGAAGCUGAGUGUCAGGCCAUGCGUCCAGUCCCUCCUCCGGAACGCAGUACCCCCCAAACUGCUGCCUCAGAGCUCCGCAGGGACAGAGCUGCCUGUCCAGCUAACCCUGAAGACAGCCUUGAAAUGUGGGACCUGACUCCAGAUUUAGAGGACAUCAUUAAGCCCUUGUCUAGACCAGAACCACCCCAAACCUCUGCCUCCCGAGCCCUCAACAACCAGGAGGUGAUCCAGGAUGGUGUCCUUUGCCAACAGAUGCCACCUGAAAAACCUGGAGCCAGGCACCUGCAGACCUGCAACACUCACCAGCAUGUACUAGGACACUCUGACUCUCAUAGGAAGAGCCAGGACCUAAAGAAAAGGAAACUUGAUCCAUCCUGAAGCUGGAUUCCGUCAUGAGAAAUUUGGAAAACUGCAGUUUGGUUACAAAAUUUUUCCAAGGCUUUAUACCUUGGUUUAGUCUGAACUCAUUAGAGAAUUCAUUCAGAGUGUAUUAAUGGAGUACUUUAAAGAGGUUGUCAUGCCUCCCUGUGAUGGGAGGGAGGCCAACAGAUAAGAUGUCUUUCCUUUGGCUCUGCAAGUUUUUCAGAACUAUUCACUCCCAAACUACUGUAUUAAGAGAUUUUUAGUUUUCAGACUGCCUUCUGUUGUUUAGUGAUACAGCCUAUCUAAGCACCAGCUUGAUCGUCACCUACAUUAAUUAUAUGUGAGCUCAUCUUUCCUUGGGCUUCGGGUUUUUAAUGUUUUCCACUAAGUGCUGACCAGUAAGGCCAUGGUAGUGGUUCAGGAUCACACAUGGAUUCAUUCAUGUCAACAGAAGCCUCCCUUUAUCCAGAGAGAUGUGCCAAGACUUAUAGUGGGUGCUUAAGUGUUGGAUUAGGCUUUCUCCAUUCUCAGCACUUACCAUGUCCUGUGGUUGUAUGUAGUUUGUAUGCAGCAGGAAGCCCAGCAUGAAUUCUGUUCAACUUUACAUGAUUAAAUUGUAAUAAAGACUACAACCAUCUAAUGAGAUCUGGUGCCCUCUUCUGGCCUGCAGUCAUACAUGCUGUAU